GUCUUAUGAAUUCAAAGACUCGGAGAGUGAAGACUCAGCGAACAUGUUCGACACGUUAAAGGAAAGAAUGAGAGAGAAAAUCGUGCUACAGCGGCUGAUUGUGAUUGCCCGGCUCCCCCCUCAUCUUGCUGACAAGACAGAAAUAGGAGCUCAUUAUGAAAGACUUAACUUCCAGCUCAGCAAACAGUACAUCAUGGACUACAUGACAGGCCUUCUUUUAAUUUAUCCAUCCUGUGUGCUGCACAUUAUUGAAUCAUCCAGGGAGGUUCUGCUUUCUGUUUUGAAAGACCUGAAAGAGAUGCAACAGCAAGAAGGUGCCUUGUUGGAAGAUCCAAAGGUUGUGUUCAUGGACCAUCAUCCUGAGAGUAGACUGUUCCAACAGUGGAGCUACAAGCUUCUCAGGGCCAGUCAGGCUGUGAGAGACUCUGAAACACAGAAACUUGAGGAAGAGGAGGAGGCUACGGAGACUUUGGUUGUAACUGUUCUGUCAGCUCUGCAGAAACUGGGCGAACACAUGGAAACUUCUCAGAAGAAUGUGCCUGGGUUAGUGUUGGAUGAAACCCCAGAGUUGAUCAUCCCUCAGAAGGUUCUAGACAAACUUUUCACUCGAGAAGAACUCCUGACCUCUCAGCAGUACCUUCAGAUGUACAACUCACCAUUACACAUCAACAUGGACUUUGGACAAGUUAGUCGUAGCAGCUGCCUCACCACUGUCUGA